AGCGAGUGUACGUCAGGGGCGGGGCCUCGAAGGACAGAUUCAGCGCCCUCGCGGAGACAUUCCUUUACCUGAGAAUAAUAAACCGGACUGACCAGCACUAUGGUCACACGGUUAUUAUUGCAAGUGUUUUAGGAAAAGUCCAACUAUGCUUUGUGGAAUAAUGAUGCGAACUUUCGGUAGCGGGUCUGUGUGCGCGCGGUUACUGUCACAGAGAGCAAAGUCUGCAACGUGCAGAGCUGCACAUCACAGCGGCUCAUUCGAUGUGGCCAUUGUUGGUGGAGGGAUUGUUGGGUUGGCGUCCGCCAGAGAGCUGAUCCUCAGGCACCCAAACCUCAGUUUUGCACUCCUGGAGAAAGAGAAAGAGCUUGCUCUCCAUCAGACAGGUCAUAACAGUGGUGUGAUCCACACUGGGAUUUACUACACUCCGGGCUCCCUGAAGGCUCAGCUCUGUGUUCGCGGAGCUACGCUCGCUUAUGAGUACUGCCAGAAAAAAGGGGUUCCUUAUAACAGAUGUGGGAAGCUUAUCGUAGCAGUGGACAGAGAGGAGAUUCCCCGUUUAAAAGCUUUAUAUGAGCGUGGUCAGAAAAACAAUGUACGAGAUCUUCGUCUGAUUGACGCCAAAGCCAUCAGAGAGAAAGAGCCAUACUGCAGGGGCAUCAUGGCAUUGGACUCUCCAUACACAGGGAUUGUUGACUGGCGGGAAGUUGCUCUGGCGUAUGGUAAGGACUUCCAGGAAGCAGGCGGCACCGUGAUGACUGACUUUGAGGCGUCUGACAUGAGUGUGGCAGCAGAGAGCCAAGCCGACAGCACUGACGGGCAGAAAUAUCCCAUCAUUAUCAGAAGCUCACAGGGGAAGGAGGUGCGUUGUGCUUUUGUGUUGGCGUGUGGUGGUCUCUACUCUGACCGCUUGUCUGAAAUGUCUGGAUGUAGUUCAGAGCCUCGUAUCGUUCCCUUCAGAGGAGAUUACCUGGUGCUCAAGCCAGAGAAAAAUUACCUGGUCAGAGGCAACAUCUACCCCGUGCCAAACCCACGAUUCCCAUUUCUCGGAGUCCAUUUCACUCCUCGAAUGGAUGGAAGUGUCUGGCUGGGUCCAAACGCAGUGUUGGCUUUUAAACGAGAGGGAUAUAAACUCUAUGACUUCGAUGCACAAGACUUUGUUAAUGCACUCUCAUACAGUGGUCUGCAGAGACUGGUCAUGAAGAACGUAGUGUAUGGAGUUGGAGAGAUAUAUAGAGGUGUGUUUCCUGGCGCUCAGGUGAAGAUCCUGCAGAAGUUCAUACCCGAACUCAGCCCCAGUGAUGUCAUCAGGGGGCCGUCAGGUGUCCGGGCACAGGCUUUGGAUGCUGAAGGAAACCUGGUGGAUGAUUUUGUGUUUGACAGUGGGAAGGGUGAGCUAGGCAGUCGCAUUCUGCACGUACGUAACGCACCGUCUCCUGCUGCAAGCUCAUCUCUGGCCAUCGCGGAGAUGAUCGCGGAUGAGCUGGAGAAGAGAUUUCAGCUGUAGACGCUCCUCAGAUGAUCCUGCCUUCAUUACUCUUACACACUCAUUCAGAGUGGAAAGCCGUGAUUAGAGCUUUUGUUUUUUACAUUUUAUAGUGUUGGAGAAGUAAUAAUUUAACAAAGAAUUCUGGUGCUCUUUUCUAUUGUGUGUUUCUGGGAAUUAUGCAGAUUUUUGAGAAUGUUGUGUGUUAACAAAUAUGAUGAAUUAUUAGGAAAAAGCAAUAACUGCCUUAAUGUACAAAGGUAGUUGGCGUUUAGAGAAUAUUUUCACUCCAUUACUGGAAUAAAACAAAUUCAACUUCA